AUACGUUUCUGGCAAACGAGCGUAUAAAAAGGUAACUAUUCCCACCAGUCUUUGGAUGAAACUGAUCUCCUUCAGGAGAAUGAAAUAUCUGCUGGUCAUACUAUCAAUCAUCGUUCUCUACAUGUCCAUCAAUCAUCAUUUUAGCAAACUAACAAAAGAGGAUCCCUCAGAGGAGAGUACAGAUAUGAAACCACCCGUUGUUGUCGUUGGUUCCGGAUUGGCUGGACUGUCGUCUGCAUAUACACUGCUAUUGCGCAACGUUCCAGUUGUUUUGCUGGAGAAAGGUGAAAAGUUUGGUGGUAAUUCCAUGAAGGCAUCUUCAGGCAUCAACGGAAUGCAUACUGAGACGCAGAAGCUGAAGGGCAUCGAGGACUCGUUCGAGGUCUUCUACAACGACACCAUCAACAGUGCCAAGCACGUCGGUGACAAGGAUCUCCAGAGAGUCCUCGUCAACGACAGUACGAAGGCAAUUGACUGGCUGAAGACGAGCAUUGGUGUUCCCUUGAACGUUGUGAACAGACUUGGUGGCCAUUCUCAAACGAGAACCCAUAGAUCUGAGGGUGUGCCACCUGGGUUUGAAAUCAUUUCCAAGCUGCUGGCAAAGGUCAAGGAGCAACCUGGGGUUGAGCUUCAUAACGGUGCCAAACUCACGGGCUUAGAUAUCGUCGAUAACAAAGUGAAAGGUGUGAAGUAUCUGAAUGUGACCAGCGGUGAAGAGUCCACGAUCAAGACUUCAAACGUUGUCAUUGCAACAGGUGGAUUUGGCUAUUCGAAGGAAUUGCUAAGCAAAUACACACCUCAUUACGUUGAUUUCCCAACGACAAAUGAUAAGAACACUCAAGGUGAAGGCCAAGUCAUAUUGGAGAAUGCCGGUGGUGAAUUGAUCGACAUGGAAUACGUCCAAAUCCAUCCUACUGGCUUCAUAAAGAAGGAUGACCCUCAGAGCAACUGGAAGUUCCUCGCAGCUGAGUCCCUAAGAGGCAUUGGUGGUAUUCUGCUCAACGCCAAAUUCGACAGAUUCGUCAACGAAUUGGACACGAGAGACGCUGUGAGCAAGGCAAUCUUGGCCCAAGAGGGCAAAAAGGCAUACCUGGUCUUGAGCGAUGAUAUGUACAAGGACUUCAAGUUCCAAAUCGACUUCUACAAGAAGAUGAACCUCAUUGAAGAGACCACUCUAUCGGAGAAGUUCGGCGACGACAGUGCAAAGGUUAUAGAACUCCUGAGGGAAUAUUCCAAUGGCUCAGAGGACCAGUUUGGACGUAAGUUCAAGCAGCACGUGUUCCCUGACGUCUCUCCUGAUACCACUUUGUACAUUGGUGAAGUGACACCCGUGGUGCACUUCACAAUGGGAGGUGUUAAGAUCGACAUCAACGGUGAAGUCCUCAACAAAGAUGGCGUGCCAAUUGAAGGCUUAUACGCUGCUGGCGAGGUCAGCGGAGGUGUCCAUGGCAAGAACAGGCUUGGUGGAAACUCCCUCUUGGAGUGUGUUGUGUUUGGAACAAGGGCUGGCGAGCAGAUUGCUGAGAAGUACAAGCUUUGAAGAGCCCUUGUGAAUGCCAUUAUAUAGAACAUACCUAUCUAUACACAUGCUUUAGUCAACUUUGGUAGAUUUGUGCAAGUCCUCGCCCACUGUGUGGAACUCUCUGUUGAAAUUCAGCAGUCCACCGGUCUUUUCAUCGGUCUUGUUCAGAACCUCGUCAACUUUGGCUAUCCACACUUC